UUUUAACGUGGCAGGCCAGUAUGUUGUGUGUUAUGAGGCGGACCAUGUGAGGGGAGAUUCAACGAUUAUACUAUUGAUCUUCGAGCGACGUAAUUAUUGCUCUCCACAAAAUGCGUCCACCAUCGCCUUCGAUCCCUGAGAAGGAGUUCCUCAGUGCAGCUUUAAAAAAAUCGCUUCGUUUGGAUGGACGUAAACCUCUCCAGUCGCGCACACCUCAUUUGAGCUUUGGACCUGAGCUCGGCUGGGUGGAAUGUGCGCUAGGAAAAACGCGUGUUCUCGCACACACAGAAGCCAAGAUGGUGAAGCCGCCCCCCGAACGGCCAUUCGAGGGUCUUGUCACGGUGCACUCGGAAAUCUCACCAAUGGCAGGGAUGGAGUACGAAUCUGGACGGGCGUCUGACGAGGAGGUGAUGAUCACAAGGAUGCUAGAUAAGGUGCUGAGGAGGAGUGACGCUGUGGAUAAAGAGUCGCUGUGUGUUAUAGCCGGAGAACGGGUCUGGCACGUACGACUCAUGAUUCAUUGUUUGGCGGACGCGGGUAACUUGCUCGACUGUGCGUGUCUCGCAGGGAUCGUAGCGCUCAAGCAUUUUCGCCGACCAGAUGUAGAAGUAAUUGGUGACGAAGUAACGGUACAUCGUACAUCUGAACGUGCUCCUGUCCCACUGUCCAUGCACCACAGCCCGUUCUGUUUCACAUUCGCAUUCUUCUCCGAUUCGGAUGCUCUGGCAAUCUUGGAUCCAACACAACUGGAGCAACGGCUCAGCGCAGGGCUCAUGUCCGUUGCUCUUAAUGCACAGCGCGAAUUGUGCGUAGUGCAAAAAUUGGGUGGUGUGCCGUGCGACAUAUCAGACAUCUUGCGAUUGAUAAAUGUUGCUGUCGAUGAAGCGAAGCGAUGGGACGAGCUGAUUGCAACAAAACUAAAGGAGGACUGGGACGAAAGAAAUGUGGAAUUGAUAUGAGAGCUCCAACACCACUGUUGGUCACUCCACCCUGGACCGACACGCAAAGGACAUGGGUUCGAAUCCCAGUUGAAAUUCUCAUGUCAACUACAUUCUUUGCUCCAAGCACAAGUAGUUAUGACCAAAGCAGUGACAAAGACAAAUCAAUUUUAUUCCAAGAGUUGCAAGAUGCAAGUCUUGUUUGAUUACACAGUCAUGCACCACUCUCUGAUAUACUAUUAGUUAUUGAUAUAUUCAUGUAAAUCUUAUUUGAUUAUACCUCCCUAGCCUCUUACCAGUUUACACAACUCAUGUUAGCUACUUAUGCCUCUAUUCUAUACAAUCCAUGACUCUAGACCUCUACAAGGGACCAGAA